UAGAGGGAGGUAUACCAUCACCCUCCAGUUGGCAGCUGUGAUGUGCUAUGUGACGGUAUGCGGCGGGACCCCUGACCCCCGUCAGAGGGAGACGAUGAUGCACCAGGAGGCCUCCAGACAGAUAGGGGGUCGUGUGCAUCUGACAGGUGCAGAACAGCGGCUCGACGCACACCUUCGCAAGCUAAAAGAACAAGAGAUGGCUGCGGCCCAGUUCCCUCCUGCCUUUCACUUCUUCAAGGCACGGGCCCUCAUCCAUAAGAGUCCCAUCUUUAGCCUGCUGCAAAGGAUGCCCAAAGGGGCAGCUCUCCACAUCCACAGCUCAUCCCUGGUGAGUGUUGAUUGGCUGGUGAAGAACAUCACAUACAGGCCCCAUUGUUACAUCUGCUUCACAUGGGGCAGGUCUGUACGGUUUGUCUUCUCUAGUCGCCGGCCCUUCCCUACCUGGGACUGCCUCUACUGGCAACUGUUGAAGACCUUGAGAGCCAACAUGGUGGAUCCUACAGACUUUGACUACAGCUUGAUGCAGAACCUCACUCUGUUCACUGAGGAUCCAGACACUACCUACCCGAGCCAGGAUGCAGUGUGGGAGAGGUUUGAGAUGGCAUUCGUGGCCAUAGCUGGGCUGGUCACCUACGCUCCUGUGUUUAAAGACUUUCUCUACAAGGGCUUAGAACAGCUGUUUCAUGACAACAUCAUGUACCUGGAACUAAGAACUGGACUAUCAAGGACAUAUGAGCUGGAUGGAAGCAUCCAUGAUAAAGCCUGGUCCCUGAGGACUUAUCAGGAAGUCACUCAACACUUUGUGGCUGAACACCCUGGCUUUCUGGGAGCUCGACUCAUCAUUUCCGUCCAUAGGCUUCUAAGUGUGUCUGAUGUUAAAGCAGCUGUAAAAGAGGCCAUUCAGAUGCAGAAGGAUUUCCCAGAGUUUGUUGCAGGAUUCGACCUGGUUGGCAGGGAGGACAGGGGAAGACCUCUCUGGUUCUUCAGGGAGGCCUUAUCUCUACCUGCAGAGCUUGGAGUCACGCUGCCAUACUUCUUUCAUGCAGGAGAGACUGACCACGAGGGCACUGAAGUGGAUGAAAACAUUCUGGAUGCCCUACUGUUCAACACCACACGUAUUGGGCAUGGGUAUGCCUUGGCACACCACCCACUGGCAAAGGAGCUCUCCAGGAAUGGAAACGUGGCCGUGGAAGUAUGCCCCAUCUCAAACCAGGUGCUGAAGCUGGUGUCCGACCUAAGGAACCACCCUGCAGCUGUGCUGAUGUCUGAGGGCCACCCCAUGGUGGUCAGCUCUGAUGACCCAUCCCUGUUUGGGACCACUGGGCUUUCCUAUGACUUCUAUGAGGUGUAUGUGGGCAUCGGUGGCUUGAGGGCUAACCUGGGCACUCUCAAGGAGCUGGCCAUCAACUCCAUAAGAUAUAGCUCACUGCCAUCACAGUUGAAGGAGAGAGGGCUGGCCAUGUGGCAGAGGACGUGGGAUAAAUUCAUCUCUGAGAACUCAUACAGUAAUCCCUGAGCAGUCGAGGACGGGACUUCUUCAAAACCACAAUGUCAACUCAACUCUAUAUGAUGUCAAUGCAGACAUAUAUUCGAUGACCCUCUGGUGAAAAUCUACAGUGAAUCAAUAACAAACCACAAAUGAGCGGAAAAUACAGGAAUCAUGUUUAUUCUUUGUUUGCAUUUACAUUCA